AUGAAGAAGCACCAGCCGCACUCGGUGCAGGGCACCUUCAGCCGCCUCUUCGGCAAGCGCCACUCCAGCCCCAGCGCCGCGUCGCUUUUCGCCACCAACCCGCCCUGGAUCUUCACGCAGGAGGUGACCUCGGACAGCGCGGGUGGCACCGGUGACGUGAUCGAGGUCUACUACGGUGACAAUCGCUUCGGGACAGUGACAGACCCCGGCACAGCCACGCUCAAACCCCGGCCCAGGGUCCGGCCGCUGCUCACCUUCCUGCCCCUGAACGCUCAAGAAUCCCACGGGGUGGCUGUGCCAACGCCGUCGGUGCCAGAAGACUUUGUGGAGAAGGCAGCUCUUGGCCCUGGCUCCCAGCUCAAUGGCAAUUAUCGCAUGUACAGCUCGGUGGGGGACCUGCGCCCGCAGGCCCUCGAUGGGGAUGCCCUGGAUGAAGAGAUCCCCCCGCCGCCAUCGGUACCCCCACCACCGCCUCCAGCGCCUGUGUCACCCCCUCCGGCCUCGCCGGUCCCGCCGCCCCCCGAAAUGCUGCCACCGCCGCCGCCACUGCCACCCGAGAUGGUGCCACCGCCUCCUGGCGUGGCAGCCCCGCCGCCUCCCGCCUCUGCCCUGCCCUCCCCCAGCACUCCGGCUCCUCCAGACUUCAUCCCGCCGGCCCCGCCGGGCGCCCGGGACCCCGCGCCCUUCGGCAUGUCCAAGUGGAAAUCCGAGACCGUGCUGAACACGAGGCAGGCGGAUGCCGAGGGGCCGCUCUGCGCUGCCGAGGCCGGGGCGCCCGCAGCCCCCAGCCCCAAGGAGAGCCCGCAGCCCAAGCCCGAGCCCCACCUGACCUUCCCCAGGUCGUUCAAGGUGCCGCCGCCGGCCCCGGCGCGCUCCUCGUCCAUCCCGGUGCAGGAGGGCCAGCGCGGGCAGGAGCCCGUGCCCAGGCAGCCUCACGCCCGGCCGCCCCUGCCGCCCUGCUUCACCAUCAGGCCCGCGGGCAGGGCGCGGCCGGGGGAAGGCGAGCAGAGGAGUUCCGGGCUCAGGCAGGGCGGUGGGAAGCCGGCUGUGCCCCCUCCGCUGAGCCCCAAGCCGGGCCCAGGGCUCAGCCAAGGCGCGAAUCCCGCCGGCCGCCGGUCCCCUCUGCCGGGCUCCGAGGGGGAGAAGAUUCCCCAGCUGAAAGCAGCCGGGAGAGACUCCCCUCCAAAAUCUGAACCUCUCACUGCCAACGACCUGGAUCUCCCUCCUCCGGACUACCCGACCUGCGAGGAUGACUGGAAGGAUGCCAACAACCUGAACAAGCUGCGGGACGAGCUCUCGGCCCUGCUGCGCUCCCCGCGCCGGGAGGAGAGGCCGCUGGAGAAGCCGGGUGCUCCCCAGCCCGUGGACGGCGCUCCCAGCCGUGCUGGCAGCCGUGAGCCAGGGCUCAGCGAGCCCCAGCUGGCCAGGAAGGACACGGGGUUAUCCAAGGGGGGGGAGAGUGAGAAGAAAGAGGCGCCCAGCAGCCCCCCCAGCACCAGUGGGAGCUCUCCCAGCACUGCAGUCACCACCCCAGACAGCAACCCUGACACGCAGCCCCGCAGUGUGAUGACCAUCAGGAACGAGCUGGAAGCUGUGCUGUCCCUGAAGAAAGAGGGGAAACCUGCCCCGGGGCUCAGCAGCCAGAAGCAGGGUGUGGAGAAUGGCAUCAGCACCCCACAGGUGAGGAAGAGCCCCCCUGAGCUGAGGAAGAGCCCCCCUGACACGAGGGACUCAGUGGUGCCAAAGCCGGUCCCCAGCCCGCUCCCAGCCCCGGCGGCUGCUGUGAAGGAUGAGACAGAUCACGAGGACCAUCCUGCUCCUGCUGCUGGCAAGGUCACAGAGGACGUGAGCCCUGCUCCUGGGUCCCUCAACAGCAGCGUGAAUCCCCCAGUCCCACCCCAGGGACCGGCAGAGGAGCCCCCCGCUCCCAGCCCCCCCUCAGCCGCCGUGUCCCCUGCACAGAGCCCGGCACCACAGCCCAGCUCGGCCAUCUUCCAGUACAAAGUGCACGGGGCCGGGGCCAGCUCGGCCGAGCCACCCCGUGCCCCGGGCUCCGCUGAGCCCCCCUGCCCCGGGAGCUCGGGCAGGAGCCCCCCGGACCCCUCGGGAGCGGGGCAGGAGGAGGUGCUGAUCCACCCGGUGACGGGGGAGCGCGUGGAGCGCGGCUCGCCCAUGGCUCUGCUGCUGGCCGCCCGGCAGCGUGCCCAGCGGGGCCGCCAGGCCGGGGACGGCGCGGCCGCGCUGAGGGCCAGGCCAGCCCUGCGGCUCAGCAGCGCCUCGUCGGACACCACCUCCACCAGCUUCUUCCGCCACGAGUCCAAGCCCUACUCCUUCACCGUGGUGCCUCGGCCGUCUGCGGCCAGCCCGGUGGGGUCGGGCUGGAGCAAACCCCCCUCCUUCUCCAGCUCCUCGGAGCAGGGCCGGGACGCGCGGGCGGCGGGCGAGGCGCAGCCCCCCGGGCCCCGGCGAGCCGCUGCCUCCAGCCUGCUGCGGGGCCUGCUGGACUCGGGGCAGCCGAGCCAGCCCGGCCCGGCCCGGCCCGGAGCGCCCAGGGAGGAGGAGAACGGGGACACGGCGCUGGACUUCGGCAUUAUCCCCCCACCCCCCGAAUUCAGCAACGAGGCGGACGAGGGUCCCCUCCCGAGUCGGGAGGAGAGCCGCAAGUGCCCCAGCGCCCCCGAGGGCAGCCGGGGCUCGGGAGAGCCGCGCUAUUUCAGGUGGGCUGGCUACAGCCGCAGCUACGGGGGCAAGCAGGAGCCGGCAGCUCCGCUGCCCUUGGAGAAGAGCUGGAGGAACGGCGACUUCACGCCGCAGUACCCGGAGUACAGCGGCUCCUCCGGCUUCCCCAGCCACGGCCCCAACCCGCGCCCGCUGAUCAAGAAGCGCCUGUACAUGUCGGAGCCUGACAGCUCCUACCCCCGGGCGGCCGCAGCCCCCCGGGCCUCGGGCACCCUCUCCUCCACCCUCUCCUCCUACGGCCCCGGGGGGUUCGGCUCCACGGCCGGGGAGGGGUCUCGCCGCCCGGGCCCUGGCCACAGGAACGGCCCCUCGAGCGCCCAGGCCAGGCGGGCGUCCACGGACGCUGCUGGGAAAGCCGCAGCGUUCGGCGGCACCGCGGCUGAGGCCAAGUACAAGGGGCAGAACGGGGACUUCUCGCCCGCCGGCGUGCUGACGGCCAGCAGGCCUGCCCACGGCACCUCGCACUACGGCGGACCCUCCAACACCUUCACGGUCCGGCCCGGGACCCGCCAGCCCAUCUCCUACGCCUACCAGAGCCACCGGUAG